CCUUUAUCCAGGACAUUUGAUCGAAACAACAUGGCCGCCCUGCUGAGAAACGUGCGAGUUUUAUGUGUCGCAAAUGCCCUUGGAAAACGAGUAUUGCCAGUUGUAACAAAAGCGGUAGCUUCCACAACUGUUCAGAGGUUAAACGAUGUAUUUCAUUCACGGGUUCAGCAUUUCACAGCUCUAACUCAAAGGUCACGGGCUGUGAGUAUUAGAACCCAAGAAGAACAUUUUAGUACUAUAACUGGUACAGUUUCAAAGGAACAGAUCCAGGAGAAAGUUCUUGCUGUGUGCAAGGCCUUUGAUAAAAUCAAUGCAGAACAGACUGCAGCAGGCCCAGUUGGUGUGUGUGAAUAUGGCUCAAAACCCCCUCUCACGAUACAAAACAUUGGGGAGAGAAUCCUCCUGGUGCUUAAGCUCUAUGACAAAAUUGACCCAGAAAAGGUUACAUUAGAUUCCCAUUUCAUCAAUGACCUGGGUCUGGACAGUCUAGAUCACGUGGAAGUUAUUAUGGCCAUGGAAGAUGAGUUUGGAUUUGAGAUUCCGGAUGUGGACUCAGACAAGUUGAUGCGACCGAGGGAUAUUGUCCAGUAUAUAUGUGAUAAAGAAGAUGUCUAUGAUUGAUGCUUGCAUGUGCCAUGUUAUUUCCAGUGUAUGUUAUAGAGACAAAGGUCAUUAUUGUUGAUCAGGAUGGGUUAGCGCUCCCGGUUUUUCAUCCAGCAUAUUGAAUCCAGAAAGAAGACCGUUGUUCAGAUCAUUUCUUUUUAGCCAGCAGCUCUAACUGAAUUUGUGUACUGUUUGACAUUUCUAACCGUGUGUACUAAUAAAGUACAGAGUGCUUAAUUAGAUCAGAA